UGAUAUAUUCUGUCACUGCGUCGAUGGUAAAAAGAAAAAAAAAGAAGAAAAAAGAAAAAAAAAAGAACAAAAAGAUGAAUUAAUUAUUAUUACGUAUGAAAGAGAGAGGCAUGUUGUGAUUAUCGGUACAUGUAUAGACGAAAGAAAGAGUGAAUUUGUACGCACUGGUGCUUUGUACGAUUUUAAGAAGCUUUUAGCGUGUCGUCGAAUGAUUCGGUUCGGUUUCUUUUUUUUUUUCGGUGUAUUACGGGUUUCCGUUCGAUUCUCGAUUCGGAUCGCAGGCCACGCAUCCUUUCCACCCUUCUCUGUCUCUUAAAAAAAAAGAUAAAUAAAUAAGAAUAAAAAUAACGAUAUGUAAAACAAGAGAAAAAAAAUAGAAGAAAAACGGAUCGAAAAGUUAAGUCGCGGCAAAUAAUCGAUCUUAUAAAGAAGUUUAAAGAGAAUUUCGUUUUUUUUUUUUUUUUGAAUAAAUAAAAAACGAAUCUGCGGAUCUAUUUUAGAAUCGCGAAUCAAUGGCGUCUCGAUGCCAUCAUGCUUAAAAAACCUGUAUUCGACACCCUUCACACAAUACACAUACACGACAUACACACACGCGCGCGCGUGUGCGUGCAUUAUAUUUUGUUAUGCGAGUCUCAGACUUUGCGAUUCUAUUUUCGUGAUGUGUUCGCGAAACGCAGAUUUUCCAUCUCUCUCUCUCUCUUUCUCUCUCUGUUCAUCCUCUCAUCUCGUAAUCGUUACCCACGCAGUCAACAUCUCUUUCUCAUCGUUUCUCCGUUUCUUGUUUUUCUCCCUUUCUAUCCCUCUAUUUGUUUCUCCCUAUUGUUAUAUAAUUCCUUCUCACAAGUAGUGUUUCCAGAUGAACCGAGAAAGCAAAUAUGAUCGACGAGCGAAAAUUUGAAAAAGAAACAUUCAAAGAAACAUUCUUCUCUUGCUCGACAUCGAAAAUAAUAUACGUCGGUUUAUAAAUGGGACACCAGAUAUAUAAUUUACCACAUUAUAUUAAUAUAUAACACAUGUAUUAUUUUAAUUUUAUCUCUUUAAUUUUUGUUACUUUCUUUUAUUUUUUUUCCCUCUCUCGACCAUUCAAUCUUCCCUCUCCCGCCCCUUCUCCUGUUUCACGCUUUUUAUUAUCCUCCUCCGUUCAUUUCGAUUUUCCCGUUCACAGCUUUGCACAGUAGCCCGCCGACGUCACAGAGCGCCAACCGCGAGGCUCGUUUAUUUAUAAGCAAAAAGUAGAGCGAGCAGAACACGAGAGAGAGAGUGGCUCUCAUUGAGAGAUGACGAUUUCGCGUCGAACGGCUUCGCGCGUCUACGCAUCGCGCGCCAGAUCAGUUUAGCUUUAGGGAGGUGAGAAAGAGUCGGGAAACGCGUUUAGAACGGAUAGAAGAAGGCGAAAAUAAACAGGUGAAAAUAAAGAAAAGAAAGAAAAAAGAAAAAAGUAAAAGAAAGAAGAGAAAGAGAAGACGAAGAGAAGGGAAUUAAAGGAAAAAGUUCAACUCGCGUUUGCGUGUGUAUAUAUAUAUAUAUAUAUAUAUAUUAAAUACUAUAUAAAAUUUAGUAUUUGUAAGAAAAUAGAAGAGAGCAGAAGAUAUAAACACGAAGGAAGGAGAAAAAAAGAAGAGGAGGCAACGACUCGAGAACGCGAGGGGAGAGGGGGGGAUAAUGGCAAUGAUAAAUUCUCGGACGAACGUUGGUCGAGUUAUUAUUGCGUUUAAGUAUAUACACGCGUACACGUACACGCAUACACGUACACGAGAGAAACACACAUCACACGUACACAUUCUCUAUGUUUUAUAAAAAAAAAAGGAAGAAAAAGGUAAAAAGAAAAAAAAAUGGAAAAAAAAAAAGAAAAAAGAAAAGAAACAUUGAAAAGAAGCGAGGAAAUAAUUCGCGAUUCUAGAUGGAAGAGGCAUAAGUGAAAUAAACUAUGUCCUAUCCCAUCGCGGAUGCAACGAUUAACAGAGAAGAUUCUAUAUUUGCCGGUUUAUAAUGUCCAUAUGUGAAGUUAAACGAGUAAUUAUCCGAUCACAUAUUGCCUGAUAUUGCCAGAGAGACCAUACGAUGAUCGAUCUUCAUGGUAGUCCUUCAUGGUUCCCGGGUGUUCGUUCGUCGUUUUGAACGGGAAAGUUUAUUAUUCCAUUGUUUCUUUACUAUUAUUAUUAUUAUUAUUAUUAUUAUUAUUAUUAUUAUUAUCAUUAUUAUUAUUAUAUCGUUGCUGAUUUGGCAAUGGACUGCCAAUAUUAUACAUGAUAUAUAUAUCAUGAUAUGAUCGAUGAUAUUUGGUUCUCUGUUUGAUUAUCGAAGUUUCCAAAGGGAGAGAAUAAAAGAAGAAAAAAAAAAUAGAUAAAGAAUUAAUUGUCGAGUCAUCCUCGAUGAACGAACAGAGCACGUUUAAGCAUAUUUAAAUAAGAGACUAAUAUAACGAGGAGUUAUACAAAAAUAGUGGUCGAGUGAAAAAAAAAAAAAAACGUAUUUGGUGAUUCGUAUCACGAGUAUUUUUACACUUAAAAAUUGGCGAAUGUAUAUCUCAAGUGGAAGAAACGUAGGAAACGCAUUCGAAAUCCCCGUGUAAUAUUAUGUAAAAAAAAAAAAACAAAAAAAACAAAAAAAAACAAAAAGAAACAAAAAAAAGAAAAUAAUGUUUUUUAUAAAUUAACAAGUAAGAAUCUUUCCUAUUCCUGUUCUAUAUAUAGGAGUUGUGUUUCGUUAACCGUAGAGAGAACUGUUAUAAAUUCUGGACGUGAGCGGACGGGCAACACGAAAACGCAUGAGAAAAGUUCUUUUAAAUACGUAUAUAAUAAUAUGUACGCUGUGUUUGACCCUUUUCCUUCCGAGUCAUAAUCGUUUUUGUAUACCAAUAAUGUGCAACUGCUUACUCGUCUAAGUAGCGGUUCAAGUGGCCACUUUUGGCCUAAAUACAAGUCUGCGGUUGUCGUGUUACAACGUCAUUACAACCAUACCACUGGGAUUGCGUAAUUAGUAGCAUUUUAAAGAAAUAUUAAACAACGAUUCGCGUCGAUAUUCUUCUUUCCUUCUCCGUGUUUUUUAAAUAAUUCGCAUACGUAUCCACAUGAAUUUCUCUGAUAAAAUAAAAUCGUAGUAAUUUUAAUUUUUCUUUGUUUUAAAAAUGACCGUCGGCUCGAGAGCACAAGGUCAAAUAAGAUUCACGCGUCUACAGGAACUUUUUUCAUUGUUUUCGCGUUAAUCGCCGAGGCUGGUUCUCGAAACGUGUUACAAAACACCGUUGUAUUAUCGUUGGUGAUAUAUAGUGCGAGAAAGAUAAAUAUUUUUCUCACUCUCUCGUUCUCGUGCUAUGCUAAACCAAAAAAAGAAGAAGGGAAAAAAAGUUGGGAAAUAUUAUUAAGUUGAAACGAACUACGAAACCUACGAAAACCUGUCCCUGGCCAUCGAAUUAGGACCAUAUUUCAACAAUUUUCUAAACAAGAACGUUACGUUACACAAAAGUGACAAAUUGUCUUUGGCUGCUCAAAUUGUACACGUAGACGUAGGCGGUUUAAUGUACACGAAUAGAAAUUUAAUUUAUCGCUUACCCUCUCUAACGCAUCGAACCUCUCCUUACCCCAUCGUUAAUUACCCCAAAGAUAACUUCUUAGGGUGCUAUAAAUAUACGUCGAUCUUCCAAUCACUUCGAAACAUUUUCAAACAUUUGCAUCCGUCGAGCGAAUCGAAGAGUAAUUUCAAGCAAGUUGCGCAAACUUUAAAUAAAAAAAAAAAAAAAAGAACGAGUUCUUUUUCCCUUUCUUUCUGAUCGAUGUUUAAGAAAAGAAAGAAAAAAGUAUUUCAUUGCGUGUAUUAGAAAUUUUAUUAAAUUAAAAGAAGAAAAAAAAAUGUUGCAAAAACGUUGUAAUAAAGGGAAAAGAAAAUAAAAGAAUCAACGUGUUGUGUAUAAAAUGUUCUAACGAUAAUUAAUAAAUUUUUUAACUAUCUAAAGUUCGUUCCACGCAUCUUUCGAUUUGUUAUUGGAAAAAUGACAGAAUACAAUCAUUAUACGAAGGUCCUAAUUCAAUGAACAGAGGUUAUUAUAACGAUCUCCAUCUCUCUUCUCUAAAUCACAAUUAUACUCGUUACUUUCCAAUUUUUACACUUCUCACGAUCCCCACGCGUUUUUUAUUAAUUUCAUCAACUGUGAAACUGUGCGUUCCUUAUAUCUAUACACUUAUGCCAUAUACCUAAACAGUAUUAAAAGGUCGGAUCGGUUGUAAUCGGUCGAACGUGAUCGAAAAUUGCCGUUUACACCCGGAAGCCAGGACUAUCCCGUCAGAGACAAGUCGAGAGCAAGAACCAAGAGAACCACGUUUAGUCUUAGAUCGCUUACUUAUUCCAUCAAUCGAUGAAAACUGAGAAACAACGUAGCCGCAUGACGACAUCCGAUGAUUGUCGUCCUCUUCUAUUUUUAUUUAUUUAUUUAUUUAUUUUUUUUUUUUAUAUAGGAUAGGAGGUAAAAAGCAUUCGAGUCAAUCGUCUCGCAUCGAACGGAUUUAAUUUGAGAAAGCUCGGUUCAUCGCCCCGUAUGGCGAAUGGCGAUCGCUCUUUGCUCGAACGGAAUCUGUGUUCCGUUCGAUUAAACAUUUUGUCCGUCUCUAUUGCGCCUCGUUUGCUUCGUUAGGUAGUGUAUCGGUAGUGGUUCUGUUGGAUUCUCGUUUCGUGUUUCAUCCCGGUCGGCUAUUUAUUUAUUUAUUAAUGGAUGCGUUCAAUUUAGCGACGAAUCGCCAAAUUUUCUAUACUCGCUUUUCUUUUUUUAAACGAGAAUGCGAAUGGAAACGAAUGUAAAUGUAACGGGAGGAAGUGCUUUGUCGAAUAAUUUUAAGGAUCUAUUGUAAAAUAUUAUGGAUAAAGUGCGUUUUAAUAAUUCUGAAAGGAGAGGGAAAAAAAAUGUAAGAUAUGCGAGUUUUGAGUAAUUUUAUUAAAAAAAAAAAAAAAAAAAAAAAAAAACCAAAGAAAAGAGAAAAAAAGCAACAGAACCCUCCGACAGAAUUAGCAGUUCAAGAGAAACCUGAGUAGAAAGAUUGACGCAGAGCGAGGUUCAUAUUGGCAAACAAAGAAGAAAUGGAAGAGAAGGUAUUAAUAACCAUAUUCUUUAAAAGAUUUAAGCUUUAUUUCGUUGUGAAAUUAACCAUUUUCGAUCAACCAUUCGAUAACCCUCUAUUGACUCAGAGUUUUUUUUUUUCGAUUACAGAAAAAAAAUCGUGGAUUAUGUGCAACGCAGUUAAUAUUUUAAUUGAUCUCUACUUGAAUCGGCCAAAUUUUUAAUUGAAAGAUUCAGGAGGAAAAAUAUAAAUUCAUAAAGAACUUUAACGAACUUAACUUGACAAGUACUGUUUUUAUAAUCGUAAACAUCAUAAUUCGAUAUUCUUGUCGAUACUUUUUGAACUAAGCAAAUGAAAAUGAUCGAUUCUUUGUCUAAUUAAAUAUUCGAUAAAUAUUAUUUCUUUAUACACAUAUAUUAUUUGUUAUAACAUACAUUAUAUCUAUAUAUAUAUUAUAUGUAAAUAAUAAACGUUAUUAUAUAUUUUACUUUAUUAUUAUUAUUAUUAUUAUUUACAACCUUUAAAUGAUAUUUGGCGUAUAUUUUUGAAUUAUUGCCAAUAAUCAUUUAUUUAUCCUGCUGGAUCACGUAGAGAGCAAUUAAGAUAAAGUUUCUAAUUAUAAAUUAUAAAUUAUAAUUUUUUGAUUCAUUUUAAUACGACGAUGCAGCAAAAGAAACGCAUGGUUUCUGAAUUAUAAUAGAGGGUUAAGAAGAUAGCAAUUCUUUUAUUAUUCUGUUUCAUAUUAUUGUCGUGGAAAAAAAUUAAGACUAAGAAUCUAGAAGUGCAACGUUAUAAACCCAUUUACAAGACGAACAGCUAAACAUUUUAAUCCCUUGCAAUAUAAAAGUAACUGUAAAAAAUUUUUUAUAUCUAAUGAUAAAAAUAAGUAAAAAAAGAAAAAACUAUGGAAUUGUUAUCUUUUUGAAAUUCUUACAGAAAAAUUUUUAAAAAAUAAUAACGUUUAAAAAAAUUCUAACACUAAUACAAUUCUAAGUUCAAAGAUUGAUUCUCAUCCAUAAGCGGUAUAUAUAUUUACAAUUUGAUGUAUAAAUAUCUUUAACGCUUUGCUAGAAAUUCUUAUUACCAACUCAGUUGAAAAGUUAAAUUUAAAACGAGACAAGAUAAAUAAGAAUUAAAAUAAAAUUUAAGAAAUAAUUUUAAAUAUUAAUAAUAAAUUUGCAUGGCGUUAUAUCAAUAUUUUUCCCUUCUGUUUUCUAUACUAACACGAAUCAUUUAAGAUUUAAACGAAAUUAAAAUAAAGAUGACAAAAUUAUAAUAUAAAUUAAAAUUCUUAUAAAAAAAAAAUAAUCUUAAAUAUUAACAACAUUUGUAAAUAAAUAUGAUACGAUAUCAUUAAGACGUAUUUAAAGAUUAAAAAUAAAACGCUAUUAAUAUUCGUGAUACUUCCCUUUGGAAAACUCAAUGCACCUUGCGAAAAAAAUCAAAUUCCCGCGCGCCGAAAGCUCCCUCCACUGCGCCUGCGUGGCGCUCCGUGUAACGACCGCCAGGUGGUACAAUGAUACGCGCGUGCAGGUGAAUUUUGCCCAGUCGAAUUAAUAGACAUCCGACACGAAAUGUUUCUAUAAAUAAAUCCUGAUGUCCGCGACGAUAUUGCGUAGAUGAGCCAGAGAGGGUACAGAGUCGCCUAGAAGUCGCUGCACUAGUGGGCUGCUGUAAGAAAACCAUCUUUCCUCUUUCUCUCUCUCUCUCUCUUUCUCUCUCUCUCCUGUUCACGGUUUCUUCCUCUUUCUAUUCCUUUCUUCGUGCAACACACGGAGUGGUGACAAUUAUGUCGCGCAACGCCAGCAUAUCGACGUUCGUGUAACUUAGCAUUAAGAACAAAAAAAAAAAGAAAGCAACGAGAACUCGCGAAAGAAAAAACGAAGAAAGGUACGCAGUAAAAGAACGAAAACGGUGUGUUCAAACCGGAGGAGGAAAGGGCGCGAUCGUGAAUAGACCAGACGCGCCACCACAUCAUCAGGUAGACAGAGAGGAAGAGGAGACUGGAGGUGGACAAGUGGAAUCGAAGGGGGUGGGGAUGGAGCCGGAGCAACGUGGACGCACCUCGCGAGCGUCGUCGACGUCGAGCCUCGGCCGCGAGGUCCGUUGUGGCUGUCAGUACUACCAGAGCGACUCGCUUCUGCCGGAACGACGUGCUCUCCUCGGUAGACCGCCGUCCAGGACGAUGCAGCAGCCACCUGCGGUCCGCUGCAGCGAGCACGAGUACGAACCGAUCGCACCGCCGUCGUCGUCGCCGAAGCCGGCGACGGCGCCUGUCGUGCGAAUCACCGACACGGAUGUGGUGCCCGUCGCUGACAGCGACGACAGCAUCGACGACCGGGCACGGCUACCUCCGGAGCUGACACGAGCCGGCGAUGUUGUCCUUCCGUUGGACGGCAAAAUCGAGGACACCGCGAUGGAGGCUCGCGAGCUCGUCGAGACUGGCGACACCUCCGAGGAGCUGGAGACCCCGCAGCAGUUGCAAGAACGUCUCGAGGAGCGUUUCUUGAACGCCGCCACCCCGGCCACCGACUCCAGGACCGACGGCGAGGUCAACACCAGUCAAGUAGACUCGUUGGCGUUGGAGGAGCUUCCCCUUCGUCGGGGCGCCCGUGGCCUGCCCCAAAAGUUGAAAACGCAGGCUGGCAAGCUACGCUCCCGUCUGAGAAACAUCCAACGGCCGACGUUCGCGUUCUCCGACCGACACAAGCAGGAGAAAGGAAGCGGGGGCAGAUCGGACAGGUCGAGGGCCGAGAAAAGGCCAAGCCGCAUGGACAGGAUACGCUCCUCGCUCUCGGAAAGGCCGAAGUUCAUGAAUCUGCCGAGUCGCCCGAGGCUCUCUUUGCCGGACAGGUCGAAAUUCCACUUGCCCGAGCGGCCGAGAUUCAAUUUCUCGGAGAAGGCGAGAUUCCAGCUGCCCGACAGAGCGAGGUUCAACAUCAAGCGGCCCAACAUACGCUUGCCCAGCGCCCUCACCCGCUCCGCCAAGAGAUCCCCCCCCGCGCACGAGCAGCGCUCCACCGAGUCAACCAUCGGCUCGCGAAAGAACAUCUUCGACUUUUCCGCGUAUCCGAGAAUAUUCGACAAGAGGUCGAGGAACAAGGGCGAGUACGCGACCUCCACGCCCAAAGAGUCGAGGGCGCAGUCGGCGGAGAGCGCCACGUUUCCACGGGUGCGGAAAAAGAGCGACGGGUUGAAGUGGGCUCGAGGCUUCGACAAGACCGCGAGCUACGGCGACGAGCAGCGACGCUCGAGCGAAGAAACCGCCGCGGAGAGAUCCGAACCGUGGCGAUACCCCUCCAUGGAGGAGCCCAGGUUGUCGAUGAGCGAAGGGGGGGCGGUCGCCAUACCGUGGGAGGAGAGGCGCGGAGAAGACGAAGAGUUUCAAUACAUGGACUACGAGCAGGAAUCCCCGGAAACGUCGGACCGUCAGACGCCGCAUCUUCCUACGUCGGAUGCUUCGAGAACGGAGGAGGAAUCGUACACGAGCAAGUUGAAGUCGUAUCGGCACGGAGAAGAGGAGGAGGAGGAGGAAGAUGCGGAAAAACGAGCGGAAGGCGAGUGGAAAGCGGAGAAGGAGAUACGCAGAGAGGAUUUCAGACCCGUUCCAAGGUCCAGAUCCUUGGAGGAGGUUCUGCACACCAGGGAAGAGGCAAGGUACGAAGAAACAUUCACAGCCGUGGAUCCGAGAAGAUACGGAGUGCACAAGACGCCGUCGGAGGAGGAGGAAUACGAGGAAGAGAUGGACGAAGACGAGGAGCCCGAACCGUUGUCCGUUCAAUCGGACAGGGAGCAGCAGCACUCGAGCAGCAGCUCCUGCGAACGACGACGCCACGGAGUGAUCGAGGAGAUCGAUUCCGACGAAUUCUUCCUACGGGAAAGCGGGCUCAGCCAGGGCGACAUGAAUUUCGGGAAAUACUUGACGGGCGAGAUCAGAGACGCUUUGAGGCCGGAGAGAAACGUUCUGGCCGACGAGGAAAUGGUGCCGAUCCCACCGAGACGCCCCGCGAGAAACAGAUCACUAAGAAAGGAAAAAGAACGUUCCACGGAAUCGUACGAUGUUACGCCACCUAUCAGGCCGAACAGGGCUCGUCGAAGCGAAUCCACGGACGAGCAGGUGUUCCGCGAUCGAACCAGAAGCGAUUCCAGACACAGAGUGGUCUAUCAGACGGAGGGAGAGCCGGCCGAACUUCCUGUGGAGCCGUUGGACGACAUCGUGGUACUGAAGCCUGUACGCAGAAAGUCGAGAUCCUUGCAGCGUAGCCAAUCGCAACUCGCGGCUGAUUUUCCUCGCCCGCCGUCGCCGACGCCCCCUGUGGCGCCCUCUCGUAGAAAACGGUCGCGAAAAGAGCCUGAACGGAGGAACGGCGAACUAGUAGAGGCUGCGAUUUGCAACGGACAUGCCGAGUGGGCCGGCGAUGCCGGGAAGCCCGUCGUUUCGUCGUCGCUGUCUAAAAUGUAUAGUGUUCGGUUAGACGGGCAAGAAGAAGAGGUGUACAUGGCUGAAGAGAUCAUGGCAACGAGCGAAGAGAAUAUUCGGAAAUUGGCGACCAGGCUUGGAGAGGAAGAAUACAUGGAACCGGCCCCGGUCCCGCCGAAAAGAAGAUCCAGAUCCAGGGGCACCUCGGUCGCUUUGGACGAGGACAGGACGUCUCAUGGCGCGGAAUCGUUGCCAGAAGCCGGUUACGCGGAGGAGGAUAUUCCGCGGGACGACGCAGAGUCGUUUGAAAAGGAAUUAACAGGUUACGCCGUUAUAGAGAAACGGGAGAAACCGCCCAGACCGCCGCCACCAAGGAGGAAAAGAGACAAGUUUGCCACUGCUCCUAGAUCGAACGCACCUAAACGUCCCCAAAGAGCGUACAGUACGCUUGGCCCAGCCAGAUCCAACGAAAGUAACAUAAUACUGACGGACGACACGUAUGAUGUGACUUUGCAAGCGACCGAGUCCACUCCUUACAUAGAAAUCGAUUCUGAUGAUGGAGAGCACAAAGAUCUGCGUAGCAGCGAGGUUUUGAGUAAGAUGCAGGGACGACCGUUGCCAGCGCCACCUAGGCCACCCAGAUCCAAAAAGGACAAAUCGAUGGAGCGAUCCACUCGUGAGCUGAGAGAAGAAAUCGCCAUGGAAACAACCACUGCCACACAAACCGAUCCUUUGCCCGAUGACGUGGUGAUAGAAGAGGAAGUGACGCAAGCGAAAUUGAUCGUGGCGCCAUCUAUCUCAGGCUCGCAGAUCAUGGUCUCCACGGAGAGAAUACCAAGCCCGUCGAGCAUGGGGGGUACACCACCUGUUCCUCCCCUGCCAAUAUCGCAGAGACUGCGUAAAGAUGAACAACAAUCGGAACCGGCUUACGAUACCGUUUCGUUAAAAUCUCCAUCGCCGUCCAAAGAGAUUCAAGCUCUCGAGGAUAGACAUUUAUCCGCGCCACAUUUGGGUGAGCCAAUCCACGAACAGGAACCGCAUCUAAAAUCUAUUCGAUCCGCCCUGUUUUCAGACGAGCCUGUGAGGAUCUCCAACUUGGAAGUCGGGGACUUGAGAGUGGAUCGUCUUAGCGUUUCUCAGAUAGAGGCUAGUAAGAUCGUUGCAUCCGAAGUGGACGCGUUGGUCGUUACCGCAUCCGAAUUGAAGAACAUAGAAGGCAUGGGGGAGAGUCUGUCUCCUUCCAUUAUUAGGGAGUUGAUGGCAAUCAGAAGUCAUUUGGAGACCGUGACCGCCUUCAGAAUACAAGGUCAGAGAGAAGAGAGCAAAGCGAUCGAGGCGGAACAGAAGACAGCAGACAUUCCUGUUGCAGAGGGGCAAAGCGUGGAACGGAAACUAGACGAAGAGACGAUUGUUCGAGAAAUUGGCGAAGGAGAGGAGAAGCCAAAGAGCGAGGAUCAAAAGGUUGUUAAAAGAGAAGUAAUCCAGAUAAAGGACAUACCAAGUACACGCACACUAUCAAUCGCGCAAGUAGAGAACAAAGAGUCGAUACACGCACUAACAAUCUCGCAAGUAGAAUCGAGCGACAAAGAUAUUCCUAGUACACAAUCAUUUUCCGAUGUUCAAAACAUUCAAGAUAAGUCCUUACGAAUUUUAGAUACAGAAAGACCUGUUUCAUUGAGCACGGGCACAGCUAAGGAAUUCAACAUAAAAGAAUCCCAUGUUUCACGUCCUCCCUUUGUAACAACCACCCUGGAAGAGAGCACCGAGUUGAGAUUAUCUUCGGAUCGUGUGUUCGAAGCUAGCGAUGAACCAAUUGAUCCAACCUUCGACUGGAAACCGCCAGAAUUCCGCGAAUUUCCGACGUUAGAGAGGAAAGACGAGGAAACAUCGAGCGAGAUUAGCGAAAAAAAGACUCGAAAAUCGAGAUCCAGAUCGCCAUCCCCUAUAAAUAUCUCUCGAACACGGCAGACCGCUUCCCCGGUUCGAUCGUUACCACCGGUCAUCUCGGUCACACCGGACACACCAGACAGUGUCACGAGUCGCGGCACUAGCAGCGAAAUACAGCCGCAACGUGCUGUAAUCUCUUACACGUCGUUCACGGAUCAAUCAGACAGAGAAAGCCAAAGAGAAUCGUCUCAUUCGCCCUCUUGCUUUGCGUUAGAAGGAACUCAUCUCAUCGCAUUUCCAGCAUCGCAAAUUCCUUCACAGUUUUUCUCUUUGGCCAGCCAUCGAACCGAUACCGAACCAAGUAUUACAGAUAGUACCAGACAAUUGAUCAGGGUACUUCGAUUAGCUGGUUUAAGAGCAAUGAGGCAUUUUGUGAAUUAUAUGGCAACCAUGGUAGGCAAUGAAGAGUCACGGGAAAAGAUCAGAGAAGUGGAAUUAACGUUGUGCGCGUUAUUGCUCCUGGUCGCAGGUUUAUUGAUAUUUUAUUUCAGCAAUCCUCGAACGAUAACGCAUCAUCAUCAUUGGGACUAUUUUAAUCCGCCAAAAUAACACAGUAAAGUUGAUGAAAGUUCUAAUAAAAUAAAAUUCAUGUUAUUAUUUUCAUUUCUAUUGACCGCCAUUAUAAAAUAGUUUUAUAUACACAUAACGGACAUUCUAUUUUUACAAACGAAAAAUAAUAAGAGAAUAGACCUAAUACUCGUAGUAAGAGAAUGAAAAUUUAGUUAGAUAGUUGAGUAAUUAGGUUUAUCUCUGAUAAUCAAAUGUUAAAUGUUUGUUACAUUUUGAAUAAACGUGUAUGAGUUAUAUCUAA